AUGGAUGGCGCCAAGGUAACCCCGGGGCGGACGGCAGACUCCGGUGAAGCGGGGUCAUCCGCUCUGUUUACCUCGCCGCGCCGGGAGAAGCGAUGGAGCGGGUUUGUGAUUGCUGCUCUGUAUGCGCCCCUUCCCGAGCCCCUCUACGUUGCAUACUCUAACCCGGCUCGGCUCAGUUUUCUCUUCAGCCCUUUCACCGUAGCAACAUGCCUCGGCCGCUCGACUAGCGUAUUCACAACCUGUGCCAUCCUCCACGCCGUUGCCAAGGCCGUGUCGGGGGCGCCCUUCGGCGCCAUGGUCGCAAUCUCGUUUGCCAGCUACCUCUCGUUGUACCCGCUACUCCUCCUCCCGCCGCUCGUACUCCUCUGCUAUGACAGACAGCGGUCUGAACGAUCCGCCAAGUCUGCCGUCAAAUUCGCUGCGAUUAGCGUAUCCACCGUUGCCGGCGUGUUGGCAGCCCUCUUCCAGAUGUCGUACCUCAUCACCGGUUCCUGGGAGUUUAUGCCGUCGACCUAUGGUGUGCAGCUGACGCUCUCGGACCUGACUCCCAACGUGGGGCUUUGGUGGUACUUCUUCAUUGAGAUGUUCGACUCUUUCCGCUCCUUUUUCCUCGCUGUCUUCUGGCUGCACCUGUCGAGCUACGUCGGCGGCCUGACGGUGCGCAUUCGUCGCCAGCCGCUCGUCGCACUCACUCUGAUUCUCGGCAUAUUUGCCAUCUUCAAGCCGUAUCCGAGCAUCAGUGAUGCGGCACUGUUUCAGGCCAUGGUGCCGCUGUACCGCCACGUGGUUCCGCUGAUGCGGUACACCUUUGUCAGCACGGCCGUCAUCAUGUACGCGACCUGUCUCGGGCCGGCAUUUUACUACUUGUGGAUAUAUGCCGGCAGCGGGAACGCGAACUUUUUUUACGCCAUCACGUUGGUGUGGAAUUUAGGACAAAGCCUGCUGGUGUGCGACUUGUUGUUUGCUGUGUUGAGGGAUGAGUGGGAGGUGGAGAGGCCUGAGAUGAUGGGCAAGGAAAUCCGACAAAUAUAG